CACGGCAGCCAGCAACCUCUCACUGCGGACAUGAAGGCCAGCCUGGUGCUCGUCGCGGCGCUAGCCGUGGUCGCCGUCGCCGCCGCCGAGGAGAAGUACACCACCAAGUACGACAACGUCGACCUGGACGAGAUCCUGGGCAACGAGCGCCUCUUCAACAAGUACGCGCAGUGCCUGCUGGAGGAGGGCGACUCCAACUGCACCGCUGACGGCAAGGAGCUCAAGAAAGCCAUCCCCGACGCACUGAGUAACGAGUGUGCCAAGUGCAACGAGAAGCAGAAGUCCGGCACGAAGAAAGUACUGAAGCACCUCAUCAACCACAAGAAAGACACCUGGGAACAGCUGAAGGCCAAGUACGACCCCGAGGGAACGUACAGCAAGAAGUACGAGGAGCGCGAGAAGGAGCUCCAUGAGUGAACGCUGUGUUCUAGUGUCUACGUAACACAUCUGCUUCCAAUGCAUCUGGGGUUUCGUACCUGGAUCCCUUCAUUUCCGACGUAAUCAAGAAUAUCAUCAGCAGCUGGCAGCAUGAAUUUCACUUUUGUUGUAAACUGAUUGUGACAAGACGUACGUAUAAGAUUUUUGAAAUGUUACCUCGAAAUAUUGGCAUCUGCAUAUUUGAGCAUAAUAAAUUAAUACAAAUGAAGGCAA